AUGCAGCCAGCCCAGCAGCAGCAGCAGCAGCAGCAGCAGCAGCAGCAGCAGCAGCAGCAGCAGCAGCAGCAGCAGCAGCAGCAGCAGCAGCAGCAGCAGCAGCAGCAGCAGCAGCAGCAGCAGCAGCAGCAGCAGCGCCCAGCUGCUAGCCCAUGCUGCCGGCCUCACGUUGAGGGCGGGGCGGAUGCCCUUGUAGAAGAGCUCCGUCUCGAGGAAGAUCUGGCCGUCAGUGAUAGAGAUCACGUUGGUGGCGAU